AUGUCUACGUUUACGUCCAACGGAUCGGAUCUACACGAAACACUCAUCGAACUAUACGCGGAAGACCGACGCGUCAACGACACGCCGCUGCAAGGCUAUUCCAAAGAGAAACGAGAGGCCCUGUUUCAGCCAUCGGAACCUCGACACGAUGCCGACAGGGGUCCCUUUGAGGCAUGGUGGGCCGCCAACAAAGAACUGCCCCUCCAUAGCUCGCUCAUGAUGUACCACAAUGCGGGAUUCCGCGAACGGGCAUAUGUUCUCUGGGACGAGGAUCGUCUGAAGCGAUACAGCUUACUCGGGCUGUUCACUGGAAAUGCACCCGAGUCGGAGCUGGAGCUGGAGGAUACGAUAGAGGAGCAUGAUGUUAUGGAAGCGUCAUUUGAUGCCCGGUCCGAGAUCUACCAGAAGGGCGGCCAAGGAUACUGGAGCAAGGAUGACGAAAAUCGGAUUGUAUGGCCAGAGAUAUCCAGUGGGCACUGA